CGCCCUGCCCCCGCCUUCCUUCCUUCCUUCCCCUGCCCCUCGCCCCGGCGCCGCCUCAGGCGGCCCCUCGCGGCGAGAGCGGCGGCAGCGGACCACAAUGAAUGUGGAACAUGAAAUUAGCCUCCUAGUUGAGGAGAUUCGGCGGCUGGGAACCAAAAAUGCUGAUGGACAAGUGAGUGUGAAAUUUGGUGUGCUCUUUGCUGAUGAAAAGUGUGCCAACCUCUUUGAAGCCCUAGUGGGAACUCUUAAGGCUGCAAAACGACGGAAGAUUGUCAAUUAUCAAGGGGAGCUUCUUUUACAAGGUGUUCAUGACAAUGUUGAUAUCAUGCUCCUGCAGGACUGAUGCAGCAUUUCAGCUCUGCAUUAAUAGAAGUGUUUGAGACUGACUUGCAACAUUCUCUGAAUAUGGCUGAUCAUUCCAAGGUGUUUUGAUGUAUUUUCUAUAUCUUUAUAGUCAAAACAAAACUGUGCUAUUUUGGAAAGCAUUCCCUUUUGUAAUUCUUCCUCAAGUGGUACUGUAUGUAAUGUAAAAGUUGCCAGAUCUGAUCUCUCUUUUUUUUAACUUUUAAAAAACUCAGGUAAUUCUCUUAAAUUUCUGAUGGUUAUUUUCAACAUAUGAAGAAGGGGGCUGGUAAUUUAAUGUUUACAAAUGAAAAUGUGCCAUGAGAGUAUAAAAUAAAAGCACAUACUUCAAAUGUA